UUCGGUUAUUCAGUCUUCGCGCGCCCGCCUUCCCCGCCAGACGUGUGUUCGUCGCGCGCGUCUUUGCGCUCCCUCGUUGCGUCGCUCUCGUCGGCGACUCGCUGCCACUGGAUACACGGAUUUUACCAACAGUGCUCUUGUGAACCGGAGGGAUUUGGCGCAAAGCCGGUGCCCUCGUGACCAUCAGUGUGUGACGUGCCAGUGUGCCGGUGCCAGUACGAGUGUCAAAACACUUGGAAAGCCACCGGGGUGCGAAACCCGUGUGUGCGUUGUGCGACUGUGUCGAAUUGUGCAACAGCCCUCCUGAGAGAGGCUUUACUCUGGAUACCCCGACUUGGAAUACCGUUUCUACGCCGCCUGCAAGUGGAUUGUGUUGUCAGUGAUGCUAGUUGGAUGGUUUUUGGUGUCUCCCGUGUCGCGUGGAGUCCAGUUUGUGAGAGUGUGAGUGUUUUCAAGAAAUGUCAACCGCCGUAAUAGACUACAUGUACGGUGAAAAAGUGGGACCUUAUUACGGAUAUCCUCCUCGGAACCAAAAUCAGGCGCCUUAGACUUGAGCCCCGCCCCGCUCGCCCCGAAUACUAGUCGCACACUUGCUAGUCCUUCGAGUCACUACUUCACUACCUCGCCGUAGAGACGCGCGCGCCUAGAGCUAAAGAUGCAGCAGGGGUACGAAAGCACUACGUUUCAUACGCCUAGUUUUGGUGACGAGGAGUUUGAUAUCCCACCCAUCAACCCCCACGGAGGUCACCACGGCCAACCCCAUAGCCAACUUGGACACGGCCAACCCUUAGGCCAACAUAGCGGUCCACCUGGUGGUGCUCAUAGUCCGCACCAGCCUGGUCAUCCCAACAUGUCAUACCAACAUCAGAUGAACGAUGGCCUGUCAUUACAGGAGCAUGCCUCGUACCAGCAGCCACUGUAUCUCACUGGCCCUAGUGAUCAUCAAAUGGGCCUCAGUGUUAGCAGUCCCUCUUAUGUAAGCCCCCAAGCGGGAUACAUACCUGGUCAAGACGGACAGAUGUUAAUGCUUCAACAGCAGCAACAGCACCACCACCAGAUGCUGAUGAAUCACUCUGUAGGUCCCGUGCCCGGUCAGAUGCCAGGCAUGCAGGGUGUGCCGCAGUAUGGGCGGCCGGCUCCUGCUCCAGGGCACAGUCCACCAAACACAACUACCAGUGAAGAUAGCGAUGAUAGUGCUGCCAUGAUGGGUGGUGUGAAGCGACCAUCCCCUGAGCCUGUAGACCAGUCUAAACUUCAAAAGAAGCCAAAAGUUCAGAAAAAGAAGAAAAAGAGAGACCCGAAUGAACCACAAAAGCCUGUUUCAGCUUAUGCCUUGUUCUUCAGAGACACGCAAGCAGCUAUCAAACUGUCAAAUCCUAAUGCUAGCUUUGGAGAGGUAUCAAAAAUAGUUGCAUCAAUGUGGGAUGCAUUGGAUACAGAUAGCAAAAAUGUUUACAAAAAAAGAACAGAAGCCGCCAAAAAAGAUUACUUAAAAGCAUUGGCAGCCUACCGCGCUAGUCUUUUGUCCAAGGGACCUAAUGAUCAAGAAAGUAAUAAUGUGUAUGGUGGUGGAUACCCAUCCCACCCACCUCAAGGAUAUGGUGGCCCCCCUAGCUCUGGUGGAUAUACUGGAUAUUCUCCACCAGCCCCUCAAAUGUCAUCACCUCCUAUGGCAUCCCCUCAACAGCAUCAAAUGGUUGGAAUGAACAAACAAAGUAAUGGUUCCCCUCAACAGCAGCACUCACCUAGACAACAGCCCCCACCUCAAUCAGGAAUGAUGGGCUCACCAAUGGGGCCGAUGGGCCACAUGGGGCAGCUGAGUCCUGUUGGUUACAUGCAGCAGCCCCCUCAGCAAACGCUACAACUUCAACCCUUGCCGCCCAUGCCCCCUCACUCAUCCCAGCAUGUGCAGCCCCAAUUGCAGCAACUGCAGCACCCUCCCCAACAUCUUAGCCCGCAGCCAUCGCCUCAACAGCACUCACCUCCCCAACAGCAACAACCCCCUUCGCAGCAACCCCCUACACAGCCUCCUCAAUCUCAACACCUUCAACAACCCUGUGAUCCUGCAGCACCUCAAGAUCAACAAAACAGAGCUACGUGCAUCCGACACGGUUGUCCAAAUGUUGCUGUUCCUAACAGUGAGUGGGAGGAUGAAUACUGCAGCAAUGAGUGUGUUGUGAGCCAUUGUCGGGAUGUAUUCAGUUCAUGGGUAGCAUCUAAUCAGAAUCCUCAACCACAAACUUAUUCAACUGUGAAGUAAGACUGGUUUGGUCACUGAGGACUCAUGGACCAGACCAAUAGACCCACAUAGCCAACGCCCUGAAACUGUCUGCUUCCCUUUGAAACGCUCUCCUUAAUGGGUAGAGUUCAUGCUGUGAUGAAGACAAGCAGAUGAAUUCAGGGUAGACCUAAAUGGUUGUGGUUGCAUCUCUGAUGGACAUCGUCUGCUUCAGCUGUUUUUUGUCCAUGGAAAUUGUUUUCUUACUACACAUCUACAAGAGGGUGGCGAGAUACUGAUCAGAAAGAAUGAGUGGUUGUGAAUGAAACCUAACACUUAAAUUUCACACUUUCUGUAAUUUCACAUCUUCUAGUAGUAGACAUCUCACCUCUGUGAAUGUAUACUUAGUUGGCGUGUUUGCUGCAGCUGAAAAAAAUAUGUAGGUUUGAGAAGGUUAAAGUGGAGUCUCAACUUUAAUGUUAAUCAUUUAAUUUUCUCCUACAAAUUUAAGUAUUACUAGGUGGUACAUGAGCAGAGUAAUGUGUAUGUAUGAUUAAAUUCACUUUUUAUGCAGUUUAGAUGAAUUUGUAGGCUGUCCUUUACUUGUUAAUUUUUUUCUCCCUCCCUCCUCCCUCCCCAGUUUAAGUAUUCCAAAAUAUGAGAAUUAUGUGUACAUUAUUAUUCCAUUUAUUAUUAAUGUAAUCUAAAAGAAAAUUAUCUUGAUUGUGGUAAUGGAUAGCUUACCAGCUCAUGUUAAAAUGUUGCUGUUAAUUGCGAGUUUAUCUGCAUUAUUCUUUGUUCUGCAUGUUGUUAAAAUGCCCUUUAUGUCCACAGAGCAGCAACAAAAGUUAAAUUUCUGUUGCUAAAUUUAGCUUAAUAAAUGUAUUAGAAGUGAAAAUGUGUUUAAAAAUCAUUGUUGUACCUUUAGAAAAUAUUCCUAGUUUCUUUAUGAAAUGUGUUAGUUGGUCUUCAUAUUUUGAAUUUAGACCAUGCCAUAACACCCAAGAAACAAGAUAAUUAAUGCUGGUCAUGCCAGCUUAUUGUUCUCUUUGUUUCGUUUUAAAGCCAUAGUAAAGUCUGUCUUAAGGGCUAUUUUUGUAAUAUCAUAUCAAAUGCCAGGUGCAACAUUAUUGUGCUAAAAUAAAUAGCUGCCCCUCUUUUAUUGCAUUGGAAGAACUUGAUUCAAAUUUUGCUAGAAAGUUGGACAGACUUGACAGACUGACGGUCAGACAGAAGGACAAGGAGGAGUGGGUUUGUUGGUCCGCUCACGUGCAUGUGGACUUGUUUUGUACAGAAUAGUAUUUAAAAAAUUGAAAACUGCUAGAAGGUUCAAUAUUAAAAUAAAGUAUAUAUUAGCCCUUUACUGGACCAAGAAGUAAUUUAUACCCAUGUUUAUACUCAAACAUACUUUUGUAAAGUACAAGAUGUGAUUUUCUUCCUCUUUUUAUGUUGUACAUUUUUUAAUUUUAUUCUUUGUUGGAGAAAAAGAAACUUUUUAUCUUAUUUACUAUUGAUUCUAUGAAAGUGAAUCAGCUCUUGUCAGAUUGUGAGAAGAAACCAAAAUUAAUCCAAAUAUUUCAUUUUAUCUUAGACUAGAUUGUUGUAGCCUUGCUCUUUUCUCAGGCAUUGUACAUAAUCUCCAUAGUAGCUUUCUCUCACUGUACCACCCCAAAUACUGUCAAAUUCCACUUAAUUGCUCAUUUUCAAGUAACAAAUUUCGAUGAGGUGAAGGUUUGUUUUAAAGUAGGUUGUGGGUUUUGGAAUUGAUGUUGUAUCACUCCAACCGGUUCAGUAAAUCCACUGCACGCAUUUGAAUUAUCAUUGACUUUACCAUUUUCACUCCUUGUUUAUCCAUCAGGAUCAUCUUAAUUAGUUUUCAUUGAUUGGAUCAUUGCGCCAAAGCGAGUUAUAUCCAUCUGAUUUUAGGUGUAUUUAAAACAAACUGAUUGAACUUGGUUACUUGUUUAUUUGUAUCAUUUUUAAGUUAGGUACAAUGUUGUUCCGAACCUUUUUGUUUGUUCUUGUUUGUACAUAUUUAUGUGGGUACCUGUUUACCAUCAAUGGUAAUGUGUUUCCAUCUUGUUUUUUUUUUUUUUUUCCUUCUUUGUGAAACUUCUUUUGAUGUCUGUUAUACCCUCAGGCAAGCAUAGCUUGUUGGUAAUCACUUUUUAUUUGUGACCAAAUAUUUAAAUUGAGUCCUCUCUUCAAAUUCAAAUUUGCUGUGUGAAACUUUUUAAAAGAGUUUUAUUUGUUGUAAGUAUAAAAUAUUGAUGCCAUUUAUAAUCUCAUUGUGAAGAUCAUACAAUGUACAGAUGUUAUGUUACUCUUGAGGAGCUGUGAUGAUGGAUGUUAAAGUUUCUGUCCAGACUCUCACUCUCCCUUUAUGUAUUCCUAAUUAUUAAAUAAUGAAAACAAAAA